AUGGACGUAUCGGCACCGCGUGACAACCCCAUCGACUCUAUACAUUCUCAAUCUCAAGCUCAAAAAGGACUCGUCCGUAACCAGAUCGCCUGCGAGAGGUGCCGCCUGCACAAGCAGAAAUGCGAUGGCGCCUCCCCUUGCAGCAAAUGUGCGCAGAGAGGUGUGACUUGUGCAUAUAGAGUAAAGAAGCGUCCUCGUCGGAAGCGGGCUGUGGCCCUGCCCAGACAAGGGACAGCAGCGUCGACAGCAGCGUCGACAGCGGCUGAGCUUUGUAGCCUUUUCCCGCGUGUGCGUGCCUCGCAAGAUCUUCCGGGCAAGUCCUUUUCGGAGCUAUACUACGGCCCGUCUUCCAACUUUUCUCUGAUGCAGCAGCUGUAUCGUCAGUUGAGCCAUCAUCACGGGGUUGGGUUGCAACCUUCUCCGGGAUACGUCCAGGAUGCCGGCGACGGGCUCGACGAAUUCCACUAUCGGAAUGUAUGUUUUCAUUCCCAGCUGGCCAACCUUGACCGACCGCCUUAUGAAAAUGCGCCAAACGACCCGCCUCGGUAUCUAGACGCCUACUUUGAAACUAUCGGCGUUUUGUUCCCUAUUGUGAGAGAGGAAGAUUUGCGUGCUCGGCUGCCUCACUUGGAAGCACUGGACGGCCUGGCAUUGGCUCCACUCCAUCGAGCCGUCCUACUCGCGGCACUCGCCACGGGUGCUUUGUUCUGCGGCGCCAGAGACGAGGGCGAGGGGCUUCUCCAGAUGGCCCAUCAGAUUGCCGAUGAGUACCGGCAUAUAAUCAACAAUGAAGUCGUAAUCUUCAACUUCCUUAUGAUAAGUAGAUUCUUCUGUCUCCCUGAAGACAAAACCAGGACUUUUGCUAAGUUUCUUGCUCACGCUCUGUUCUACGAUUGUACCGGCCGAUACAACUUGGCUUACCUGCACAACGGGCACGCAUGUCGCGCAGCCCAUGCUGUCGGACUGCACCAGACGUCGUGGACCUCAAACAGCAUGGCCAGCGAUCCCUUGGGCCCUACCGUCUAUUGUGCCCUCUUCGUACAGGAAAGGUGA